AUGCAUAUCAUCUCUCCAUUCCCCAGUAUCCAAUACCCAAGAACUCACUGCCAUCGAUCGAUUGAUGCAGCCACUGAUCUGAUUCCGCCGCCAACGGGCUUCUCCCCAGAGCAGCAUGAAUUGAUACUAAAUUUUUGUAGAAAUAAAUUGCUUGCGACAAUGGUAUUUUGUGUAUCCCAACCAGGUGUGUGCCCUGCUUGGGCUUCGCGGUCGGCUUACGCAAAAUGCCAUUGUAUGCUACAUAGUCAAGUAAGCAGACUCAAAAAAAGGCAGAGGCCAGCUGCUGGAGUCCCAGGCUUCUCGUACGGGUUUAAUAAGGUUGUCACGCGAUUAAUACCGCAAUACUUCCAGGGCUUGUCACAUUCCCGGGGCGGUGAUCCUCUCAUCAUUCCUUAA